CAACCCCGGAAGGGACUUCGACAAGCUCGGAGGUGGGGGUUGUGAUAUAGAAUGGCUCCGUUGUGAAAACGGCGCUCCUCACCUUCGCGCAAAGAUCAAUAUGACGCGGCCGAUUCGACCGAGAAUUCGAUGUCACGACGAGGAUUGCUCAGUUUUUUCGUUUUCUCGGCAAAUGUCGAAGAAAAUAUUGCGAGACAUGACCAGAUGAUUUCCGUGUACACGCACAUUACGUUCCAGUCGAAUAAUCGAAGUGACAUCCCAUGUGACAAGUCGGAGAUCGAGUAUCGAAUUUGUGUCGGGUUCGCGCAAUCGAUAAAAAAGUCCGUCAGCUGAUUCUCUGGAGUCAAAAUGGCCGGCACAGCGGCGUCGUGAGAGUGUUCCGUCGGAGAUACACUUGUAUUUCGGAGCAAAAUGACUACGCAACGUGCGCUUCCGCAAAGCAAAGAAGCUUUGCUGAAGUCGUACAUGACCAGGUUAAAGGACGAUGUAAAAUCGAUGUUGGAAAAUUUCGAAGAGAUAAUUAAACUGGCAAAAGGGGAAAAUGAUUCUCAGCUAUCUCGAAUGACACAAUGCGAGCAAGACACGUACGAGAUGCAUGUCAGAGCGGCCAACAUAGUACGUGCCGGCGAGUCGUUAAUGAAACUAGUCUCCGAUAUAAAGCAAUAUUUAAUCCUGAACGAUUUUCCAUCCGUGAACGACGCUAUAAUACAAAACAGUAAGUUAUUUAGGACUAAACAAGCGGAAUGUGAUCAAAAGUUGGCUUCCUUGAGAGACGACAUGGCCGCGGAUCUCUACGACCUGGAAGAAGAGUAUUACACUUCGAUAUACAAAUAACACUAAGUUCGUAAGAUUUUCACACGUGCGUAAGACUGUUGAGAUUUUUGAUUUGUAACUUUUAUAAUUUAUUUCAAUAAUUGGAAAUUUUGAUUUUUAUUAACACGCAACUGUUUACACCUCGCGUUUGUGUCCCAUUAGUGUGGUGGGGAAAGGGAGUGAGCAAAAGCUCCGCUCGAACGAAGAGAAUUAAGGAGUAAUUGUCUCUUUUAUUACUUUGAUAUUUUGCAACACAUAGACAGAAUACAUCACACAAUACUUUUAUAUCAGUAGGGUAUGCUCAAGAGGAUAAUAUAUAAGAUCCAAGCGCUUCGCUUAUCAAUAGUCACCGCUUGUAUUGUUUUUACUCAAAGUGAUGAUAUUUUGCGAUACUGUACAAAUAUAAUUUACAAAACUUCUUCUGUAUCAGAGCAAGAAGAUUAACGAUUAUGAAUAAUAAUUUGACAAAUCCAAAAACAAAAAACAAACUUAUAAAACACAGAUUUUAGAAUUUGGAAUGUUACGCAAAUUUAUAAUCUCACUUGCUCCUCGCCGUGUGUUCAUUCUAUUGUAGCUAACGAGUUACACAGACAAUAUCAACAACUCACACACUGCCGAGUCUGAUGCGACAGAUUUGCAUAGAAAUUAUGUUUGUAGACUAAAAACAAAAUUAACAAAAGAAUAUCACAGUGUGGGACAAUAAACGCUGUGACACACAAAAUACAUGCCUUUUAAACAAUAUACGGUGCACAUCACAAAAUUAUUAUUCCG